UAUGGACUUGCACCCCACAAUCAUAAGUUAACUUAUCUGUCACCUCCAACUCACACGAUCCUCUCUCUCUGCAAACCACGGCCGGUAUCUUCUACUAUCUUUGCAUCAAUCCCGCCAGUUUUGGUGUUAAUUGGUGCUGCCAUUAACUGCUAAGGUAUACUGGAGGAUCGAUUGAUCUGCAAUGGCUGGAGUAUUCGAGAACCUCUUCGGAGGUGCCAAACCCUCCGCCAGCAAUGUGCCUGCUGGCGAGGAGGCAGACUUUGCCGACUUUGCCGGAGCUCCUGAUCCACAGCCGGCAUCCUUCUCUCCUGUGACGCCUUCCGCAGCGAGCGCGGCACCAGCUUUCCCAACCCAAGCUCACCCUGCGCUUCCUUACACGAAAUGGUACAGGGUUUGGGAGCGAGCCUCCAUCCAGGACUUCAAGCUCGAGAUGUACAUUCUCCCAAUCAUCCUGGUCAUUGUGCUCGUUCAUCUUUGGGGAGCAAAGGCAAACCGCCGAAGAGCUAAGCACUGGAUUGCGGCGCACGCACCUUCGCUCGAGAAGGAAUUUGCUUCCGUGGGAUUCGGAGGUCGCAAGGCGCCGUCAAUCGAAAGCGUCCAACAGGAGGGCCUCGCGAAGGCUUCCGUUUCGGACGACCUCAUCAUCCCCGAGGAGCUGCUCAAGGAGAGGACCCUUCAGGAAUUCACCACUUAUGCUACUGGCCGCCAGAACGUCGCUUUCAUCGACCUGAAGCUCUCUCUGUUGAGACGAUUCAACCCCUUCGCAUUGAUUGCUGAGCAUGCCCUCGGUUUCUUCUUCGAAAGUAUGCCAGCUCCAAUUGAGAAGAUGGAAGUUGUCUUAUACGCCUUUGACGGGAAGGAGAAAGAGCUCGUCCCGGUUCCCGGAGGCAAGCGUGGACAAGAGAUUCUCGACGAACGCAACGUCAAAUAUGGUUCUGCUUCUACCUACGAUGGGUUUGUCUUUGCUAUCGUGAACAAGGAUCUCAUGAGAAGCAUUCGGGAGGAAAGAUACGACAUCUCCCUUACUACUACGAAGAACCAUCAGAAGAUUCCCCAGUGGGCCACAGUUAUGAGCGAGAGCGCCGAGGUUACCGAGAUGCUUCUGACGCCGGAGCUCGUUUCCGCCGUGGAGAAAGCCGGAGAUGCCCUGGAGUACUUGAUUGUUACUGACCAGCCCGUCGACAAGCCUUUGAAGCUCAACGAGACUAUCCCCAAGAAGCGGAUCCACCUCUCUCUGAAGCUCCCCUCUGGAAACGACUAUUCCUCUACAAUCCCGCUUUUCAACUAUGUUCUCCGUCUUCCGGACCAGCUCGUCUCACAAGCUCACUUCCGCCCCGAAGUGAUGCGCAGAAUCCGCCAGACGCGUGAGGACGAGAUCCGCAAACUGCGCCGAGUGGACGAGGAAGAAAAGGCCGAGGAGCGCAAAGUCCAAGCCGAGCGUGAGAAGAAGGCUAAGCGCGAGGCAGCCUUGAAGAACCUCAGCGCGGACGAGCAGCGCAAGUUCCUCGAAAGGGAGAGGGAAAAGGAGCUGAAGAAGAGCCAGAAAAAGAUGAGCAGGAGAGUUUAAGAAGUCAAGUGACUUAAGCAGGCGGCAGCAUUUGUUGUACGAUUAACGGCAGGGGGAGAUAUGGGGAUUGAAUCGCGAUAGAUGGUAGUUCUAGCGAUGGAGGAACCUCCUCUAAUUUGGUUCCGAUGUUUAUAAAGUCUCUAGUUGAUCCGUUGUUUUAAAAUUGAGCUCACGUUGGAGUAUCACAUAAGAAAAAAAACACCCCACCGGGAAAAGAUGAGAGGAAGGUGCGCGGGUAGAUGUCAGAGGUUGAGGCAAUUGUUACCUGAAGCUUCAUAGACGGGACGAGGACCAGUGAAGAUAUAGCCUACUUAUUUUACCUCGCGGCGAGCAUAUGAAGCGGCCCAUGUGUACCUAAUCUAGCUGGAGAACAAAUAUUGAUGUG